CCCACAAUUCCCCUGUUACCAAGGAGACGUGGGCUGCGUCGUUAGCCGUCAGUAGCAGAGGAGCUAGAAGACUCGUCGCUGUAUGUGACUUUUGUGAAAUGGCAGAGCUACAUAUUAUGGGACAGAUCGUCGGGGCCAGUGGUUUUCCGCAGAACACUUUGUUCUGCAAAUGGGGAGUUCACUCGGGGGGAGCAUGGCGCCUUCUCUCUGGUCUGAAGGAGGGUCAGACCCAGGUGGAUACCCCCCAAACAGGAGACAUAGCGUACUGGAGCCACCCGAUUGAUCUGCACUACGCGACCAAGGGGCUCCAAGGCUGGCCGAAGAUCCACCUCCAAGUGUGGCACCAGGACUCGUUCGGACGGUGCCAACUGUACGGGUACGGAUACUGCCACGUCCCGUCGAGCCCCGGUCAUCACCGGAUAAACUGUGUGACCUGGAGGCCGCUCGGCUCCUGGCAAGAGCAGUUAGCUCAAAUGUUUGUAGGUGGGGGACCCCAGCUCCGCAACCCGGACCUCAUAUACAGCGGGGCGGACAGAUACAGGCUCCACACCGAGGCUAUGGGCACCGUGGAGCUGGAGCUCGGCGUUAUCAUGAGACACUUCGACAAAUAUGGCGUCGAAAACUGACACGAUGAAAAGGAAAGGACUUAAAAAAAGCCUGGAGGAUUAUACCGUUUACUGUACUGUACAGGCACGGUCCAAUUUAUUUGGGUCUUUUUACAGUGUUUUUUUGCGUUUGCUAAAUUGUGUUUUUUAUUUUACAAAUAUGUGAAUAAACCAAUGCCUUAACGAA